GUACACGUUUGAUGUGACCAAGUGCAUGUUCUCACCGGGCAACAUCACGGAGAAGCUGCGGGUGGCCUCGCUGCCCUGCUCUGGGGAGGUCCUGGUGGAUCUUUACGCAGGCAUCGGCUAUUUCACGCUGCCAUACCUGGUGCACACAGCAGCCGCCUUUGUCCACGCCUGUGAGUGGGACAGCCACGCCCUGGAGCUGCGGGACGUAGCAGACCGGGUGAACCUGGGGCUGAUUCCCAGCUCGGAGGAAGGCUGGCCGGUGGCCUGCCGCGUCCUGAAGAAGGGCACUGGUGGGGUUCUCCACAUCCACCACAACGUAGAGACUUUCUCUGCGCCGGCCCCACCGCAGACCCUGAUCCUGCAGGCUGAGCGGGGGUCUCCAGAGGGAGAUGGCGUUAAUGGAGAGGUACAGGACCCAAUGGAGGACAGUGGGAAGGAGACACUGGGGACCAGGAUCAGACCUGAGUGGCAGAGAUGGGGUGAAGCCACGGCGGCACGGAUCCGGGGGCUGCUGGCAGAGCUGCAUGGGCAGCCGUGGCGGACCAGCAUCUUGCACAUUGAGGCAGUGAAGUCCUAUGCGCCCCACGUGCAUCACCUCGUGCUGGACCUCGAGUGCCGGCCGGUGCUGCCCACCUAG